AAUUUGGAUUUUCAGGGAAGGACUCAGGACCUGUGAAUUCUCAGGGAAGGACUCUCCGGCCAAUUAUAAAUACCUAUCUUCCACCUUACCCUCCAUGCCACCCCUUCUUGAUUUCUUUUUCUCUAUAUUUCUUGCUUCCUGCUCUUCUCUUCUCUUUCUCCAGAUUAAUUUCAGUUUCAGUCUCCUUUCAGGAUGACUAUUCUCAUUGACCAACCACAGUUUGUUACAGGGUUUGAGGUAGAGGAAAAGAAGAUCCCUGUGACUGUGGGUGAGAAAGAACUGGCGUUGGACGGUGGAUUUGUGGUGCCACAAACCAACUCUUUUGGCCAAACUUUUAGAAAUUAUGAUGCUGAAGGUGAGAGGCAACAAGGUGUGGAGAAUUUCUACAGGAUGAAUCACAUUAGCCAGACCUAUGACUUUGUGAAAAGGAUGAGAGAAGAGUAUGGCAAGCUGAACAGAGUGAAAAUGAGCAUAUGGGCAUGUUGUGAGCUUCUUAAUAAUGUUGUAGAUGAGAGUGAUCCUGACUUGGAUGAACCUCAAAUUCAGCAUUUGCUGCAAACAGCUGAAGCCAUUAGAAAGGAUUAUCCCAAUGAAGACUGGCUGCACUUGACUGGCCUUAUUCAUGAUCUUGGGAAGGUGCUUCUUCAUCCCAGCUUUGGUGAGCUUCCUCAGUGGGCUGUUGUAGGUGACACUUUCCCUGUUGGAUGUGCUUUUGAUGAAUCAAUAGUCCAUCACAAGUAUUUCAAGGAAAAUCCUGACUUUAAUAAUCCUGCUUACAACACUAAAUAUGGAGUUUAUUCAGAAGGCUGUGGAUUAAACAAUGUUAUGAUGUCGUGGGGACACGAUGAUUACAUGUAUCUGGUGGCCAAAGAGAACAAGACAACUCUACCUUCAGCAGCCCUUUUCAUAAUCAGAUAUCAUUCAUUCAAUGCAUUACAUACGCCGGGAGCAUACAGGCACUUGAUCAAUGAAGAGGAUAAUGAAAAUCUCAAGUGGCUCCAAAUUUUCCACAAAUAUGACCUCUACAGCAAGAGUAGAGUUCGGAUUGAUGUGGAAAAGGUCAAGCCAUACUACCUCUCCCUCAUUGAAAAGUACUUCCCUGCAAAGCUAAAAUGGUGAAUGUCAAGUUCUAUUAGCGAAGAUGAGGAUGCUUACUAGCUUGUAGAGACUAAGGAGGCUUUGUAGCAGUAAUUACAGUUUCUGUAAAUCUAGCUAGCUGUGGCUUGAGUGUGAUAAUUUACUAUUAGGUGCUCUCAAUGUCUUUCUGCAAGUGUACUGUGGGUUGACUGAUAAAUAAAUAUCAAAGUUCCAAGCA